CCCUUGACCCCAUUAUAUGCCUAUAAAUAGAAGCCACUCCUCUGCUCAUCAACCACACACUACAAAUCUAACCUCACUUAUUACUAUCUACUUCUCAUUCCUUUCAUUCCUUCCCUUAGCUUCUUAACUCAGUCAUGGGCGUCUUCACUUUUGAGGAUGAAAUCACCUCCACCCUGCCCCCUGCUAAGCUUUACAAAAACCAAGUUUAUCUUGCACAAGGUGGAGUCAAUAGAUGAGGCCAACUAUGCAUACAACUACAGCGUUGUUGGAGGAGUGGCUCUGCCUCCCACGGCGGAGAAGAUAACAUUUGAGACAAAGCUGGUUGAAGGACCCAACGGAGGAUCCAUUGGGAAGCUUACUCUCAAGUACCACACCAAAGGAGAUGCAAAGCCAGAUGAGGAAGAGUUGAAGAAGGGUAAGGCCAAGGGUGAAGGUCUCUUCAGGGCUAUUGAGGGUUACGCCUUGGCCAACCCUUCUCAAUAUUAGAACACAUACUUUGCUCAAUCUUCAUACACAAGUUUCUUUUUAGUAUUAUUUCUAUACAGUUUUUUUCGUGUGAAAAUAAUAGUUAAAUAAUUUCACAUGUUUGACUAAACAAUAUGUCAUUUUCACACGGAGAAGACUAGUUGGGAAUUUUCAUUUUCUGUUGGGCAUGUUUGUGUGGUGUGCGCUUGUGCUUCAAGUAAUUGGUUUUCUACUCUGUAAUAAGUGUUGCCUUCUAUCUGCUGCAGCUUUGUCUUUGUGUGAGCUUCAUAUCAAUAAAAUUUAAUACAAAAGAAAUUUGAAUAAUUA